AUGAUUUCAUUGGUUGUCCGGGGGCCGCUCCCAGGGAUUGCCGCCGCCUCCCGUCACCACCUUCCCGCUCUUGCUGGCUGGCCUUUACUACCUCCAUUGCUGCACCUGCCUGUCUCCGAAACAAAGCUUCCCAUCUGCAAACCUCCCACCCUAUCUCCGCCAACCACGAAUUUUCCUUCCUCUCACCUCCAGGAAGGGAUAUAA